ACUUUGACCGCUGAUCUCCGGCAUCCUUGCGGGCCUUUGCAAUAAGAAAUUGACGAGGAUUUAGCCGAAGCCCCUGGACAAAGCAGUUAUGACAUUUGCGAGGCAUAAAGCAACGUCAAGGAAUUCGUCAAUGCACUGUUGAAGUCCUUCACUGAUUCUAAAUUGGUGGUUCCACUCGUGUUGCACCUAUGCACAAGAGUAGUCCUCUCUACGCCGUGGCAUCAUAUAUAUUACUGUGUGAUCUUUACUUCGACCAAGCGGGCGCCCAGAACGGUGAAAGAUACAUACCGGGAAUUGAUGACCUCUCUUCACAUCCCGAAAUGAGAAUCCCGACUCCGAAGGUGGUUGGCAUGAAUUGGUCUAUUGGAUUCAUGCCUCGAUCGCUGGGUAGAUGCCCACAUCACAUCGGUGUAUAUGAGAUACAUAUGCUAGGCGGUGUUCAGGUCGUGGAACCCUUGAAAACCAGCACUACGUCCAUCAACAAGGCGAAUGGGAUCUUCAACUUGAGCCCCAGCAAUGCAUUCAUGGUGGAGGAGAAAUAUCAGCCUCUUCCAGAGAUCAAUAUUGAUCUGUUCACAGACCUGGUGGAGGUUCUGACUCUUGCAGGUGAUGCCGCGAACCGCUUUCCCAUCGUAAUGUUCUAGUUUCGUUUCUUAGAUCGGGCAUGGGGCUAAUUGUCCCACCCUUCUGAUCACCACGUCCAUCGUCAUAGCAGACAAUACUAUGCGAUAUAUUGACUGGUUGCUAGAAACCGCAUCAAUUGUCAGCGUAUCUCGAAUAACUUGGAAACCAUUACCGCGGUCGAAGGUGUGGACUAGACGUACGGCUUGGUAGAAAAAUAUGCCCACG